GAAAAUAUGGCGGAGACAGGGCGACAUCUGGAUGAGGCCCGAUCAAUUUCUGAGUGCGUGGAUCUUCCCAAACCUUGAUCGAUUGCACAACAGAAGAUGGCAGUCUUGUAUGUCCGGUAAAGAUUUCUGUAGAUCUGCGUUGUGGUUCCUGACUUAGGAAUUAUGGGUAAAAAGCUCCGGAUUCAGCUGCUGGGGAUCGUUUUCCUCGUAUCGUCUGUUUGGAUGUUUGUAACGCUAUUUCUGUUUGACAUUGAAGAUGAAAUAAAUAAAACUAGAUUAAAAAAAUUCGAUCCAAAUGGUUUUAAGAUUGCAAACGUCAUCAAGAAACCUGAUAAAAUUGGACAUCUUCGCGAUCAUUUAAAUAAACCACAUUUUAAUCAAUCGGUAUUGCUAAAACGCCAAGAAAACUUGAAACGAAAGGAAAUAUUACGGAAAUGGAAGAAAGAAUUGUCAUUUAAAGCAAUGUCGAAAGAUGUCAACAGGAACUCAGAUAGUCAACAGAUUCAAAAUUCAUCUGGUUUCAAGUCAACAGCUAUUGCAAGAGACCACGAAAAACAACCCAUUAAUUCGAAAUAUCUCGUACAACGGAAUUCAUCAAUUGUCAGAGAGAAGAAUACAACAUUGGCGUCUGUGAAAGUUUCUGAGCGAGACAGACUCCGACACCUAGAGAAACUAGCACCACCUGAUGCCCCAGGUGAGUUUGGAAAUCCUGUCCGAAUUGACAGAAGAAAGCUUUCGCCGGAACAACAAAAACGUUACGAUGAAUUGUUCAAGAGGAACUCCUUCAAUCAAUACGCCAGUGACAUGAUUUCCGUACACCGGAGGCUGCCCGAUAUCAGGAACCCCAGGUAUCCUUACAUUGGACAUGGAAAAAUUAUAUUAUGUUCAUAG